AUGAAUGAAACAGUUUGGCUAUUGAAAACUGUACUACAACAAGAACAUUAUUCAUCAUCGACAUCGUGGAAUACUUUUUACAUAGAAUCGAGUACUUUAUCAAACUUUAAUCAAAAGGAAAAUAAAUUUCUGAAGAAAUUUAUAGAAGAAUACAAUCCAUCAUCAGAUAAUUUUCAUGUAUUAGAUAUCGCUAUGGGACAAGGACGAAAUUCAAUCUGGCUUGCACGAAAAGGCUACAAAGUAACGGGAUUUGAUUCAUCUAUUGAAGGUAUACAAAUAGCUAAAAAUCAGGCAAAAAAUUUAAAUCUAACUACGUUACAAACACAUAUAACAACAAUUGAAGAGUUUCACUUUGGUUUUGAACAAUGGGAUUUAAUUGUAUGUAUGUAUUUUCCAAUAAUGAAUGAAACUAGUUAUCUACGAAGAAUAGAGCAAUCAUUGAAAUAUAAUGGUUUAUUAAUAGUUGAAGUUUUCCAUUGGGAUAGUUUAAGUGAUGAAUAUAUAAUUCCAAUCGAUGUUACUUAUAGAACAAAUGAUAUACCAUUAUUAUUUUCAAAUUUAACAAUUCUUAUAUAUGAAGAACCAAUUGAUUACAGCGAUUUUGGAAAUAAACUAACAAAAAUUAUUCGAUAUGUAGGACAAAAACAGUACUCACAUAUUUACUCAUGA